UAUUUGAAUUUUGCGGCGUUUUUGAGAAUCCGAAAGUUGUAAGAUUAAUUCUUCUAGAAUGAAUUUGAUGGUGCUGCUUAUGCUCUUUCCUUGCGUGCAAUGGAAAAUAUUCGAGAAUAAAUGGCGUGAGAAUUGAUGCUUUAUAAGAUAAUAAUAGUUAUAAUAACGAUAAAUGAUCAAAAUCCUAUCUUUAUCGCGUCUCUUUACACCGUGAUUUCCUGAUUUAAUUUGGUGAAGUUGAAGUUUUUUGAUGGACUGCAAUUGUGUUGUACGGAUGAAGAGUUAGCUUAUUCUAAAUGGAGACUGGUAUUGAUUUUGUGGAUUACUUGGAGGCCGAUGUGACAUCAAAUGUCCUGGCAUUCUUGAAUGACCCUCUUGAUCUUCUGCGUGCAAGUUCUGUCUCCCGCAAUUGGCGCCGGUCUGUUGUUGCAAAUGGAUUUUGCAAAAAUCUAUGGGUGAGAAAGGUUCCACAGGUUGCAAAUAUUGCCUAUGCGGUUGAAGAGAGUAAUGGAGUAAUGAGGCUUAAGCCCUCGGAUGUUCUAUCUGUUCAUCCUCCGGCUUGGGAGACUCUCGAGAAGGAACACAAGAUCUACACUUCUCUACUUCAGGCUCUUACGAAGCCAAUAAUUUAUCCCAAGGACUGCAUUUCAUUUCCAAUUGGAGCUUCUAGCACAGAUCGUGAGGUCGAAAAUGUCACAAAUACUCUGAUACCAGUUGACAGAUAUCCAUGGGGUGCUUCGUAUUGGUCUAGUAAAGGACACAGUGACCCUAAUGCUCCUGAGAGUAUAUUGUACAGACUAAAUUCUAACAUAUGCAUUGUGUCUGAAAUUGAUAUUCGGCCCUACAAAGUGUUUUGGGAGCCUGGUAAGCCCGUCUACUCUGCAAAGUCAGUGAGAUUUCGGAUGGGUCAUCCGAAAUGCUUAAAAGAUUGGGAGAUCAAGGUUGGUCCAGUGCCACAGCCUUCAGCUGACGAGUAUGUAUGGACAUAUACCUCUCCGGAGUUUCCUAUGUCACAGGAAUAUUGCUUGCAACCAUUUAAGCUACCAGAGCCUGUUGUCUGCGUCGGUGGUGUUGUGCAGGUUGAGCUGUUCGGGAGGGCGCUGAGGAAUGAAAUAGACGGAUUGUUCUAUAUAUGUUUGGCGUACAUAAGAGUUUUGGGGCAUCCUCUGGAGCCGGCGUACAACCUGGAGAUGCUUCCAUCAGGCGAGCUCCAGCUGCGACAUUAUCCCCACGCUAUGGACCAUGUUCUGCGCGGCUUUUCUGGCGAAGGCUCAGAGACCACGGACAAUCCACAUGAUGAAAUGGAGAUGAUGAUCAGGGAUUUUUUACCAGCGCAGAUGAUUGAGGAGGUGCUCGAAUGGGAUGAAUUAGAUGAUUUUUAAAGGCGACGGCACUAUAUAUAUCCUGUGCAUAAUACACAAUCACAAAUUGCAUACUGUUGUGCUCGUAACCUUAAACAGGACAAGCAUAAGCAGAGGAUGAUUAUAGGUUUCAUACAGCAAGCUUUACUAAGUAUAAAUGUUGUCUCAUUGCAUCGAGGCUUGGCCGAUUUCAUGGAGUCUUGGCCUUUGCUGGAGAUGGCAGCAACUGCAGAAACAGAUUGGAUUUUAUCGACGAACAUGGAUGAACUAGAAAUGGAAAACAUGGGAUAGGAUUAUUACCUGGUAGCAGGAGAUGAGGGAGGUGGCAAAUCCGAAGGCGCCGGUGACUCGAGGACUGACUUUCUUGGGCGCCAGCUGAAGCAACCCGACUGCGACAACAAUAUCCAUGGCUGCUUUGACGAGGGCUAGAGACCUCUCCUUCGACAUCUUAACCUUGGUUCGGUAUUGUUCAUUCUAGUACGAUAAAUCCGCAAAGCAAGCAAUAUGAACUGUAAGAUCAAUGGCAUUGUACAGAAAUUAUUCGAUAUGAUUUUCUCAAACCUCAUGUUUGUUGGUGUUCUUCA